GAAUAUUAUAAAUACCUCGUGAUAUUACGACGUUGAACAUACAAAUCAACAACACGAGGCCAAGAACAGCAUAGUAUAGCGAUUUUACGAGACUCCUCUCAUAUUCAGAAACGAAUCCAAAAAAAAAAAGUCAACAUGCAAUUCUCAACCAUCUUCGCCAUCUUCGCCGGCCUCACUCUUGUCGCUGCACGUCCAACGAUUCCUGCUGCACUCCAAGCUCGCGUGAAGGAAUGCAGUUGUUCUGAUGCGCAAGGCGCUUAUGCCGUCUGUUUGUUGAAGAGUUGUGGCCAUGGUUGCACAGAUGAAGAUGUCGCACCUUGUGUCGCCAGUGUUGAGGCUGAAUGUAUCACGGACUGGACUACUUGCCCAUUGCCACCUGCAUAAAGGCAAAUGGAGUUGAUCGUGAAGGAAUGAUGAGAUGAAAUGAAAUUGGAUGAGAUUUAUGAUUUAUGAUGGAAUGAUGAUCUGGGACUGCGAAGGAUUCCGUGUAAUCCUCUGACACUUCGAGGGCCCGUAUUAGAAAUGUUUUUGAUUGGUACAAGUUUCCUGUCUCCAGCGGUGUAAUCUCAGGAUUAUUUAAUAAUAUGAAAAGAAAAAUGAAAACAUAAGCCUUAAAAAUUGAAUGGAGA